AACCUACAAUUCCUAUCAUAUAGAAUCCAACUUUCAAAGCAACAAGUAGUAUUAAAAAUGUUCCAACUUCCACUCCUGUUCAACUUGAUCCUUUUAAUUUCCGCGAUCCCACCAAAACCUCCAACCCCUCAGGUAACGGCCCUCUUUGGUCCUCGGAACAACUUCAUCUGCAACGCCGUAGUGCUCGCGAAAGGCCGUCUACUGACCACGGCCAACUGUGUGGUGUUCAUAAACAACGGAACGCAACGGUUGGGCGCUCCGGAGGACUUUCACGUAGCGCUGAACGCGACCGAUAUUGAGCGGUUCGUGGGAAUGCGUUCCGGGAAACCUGCCCGUAGACGGAUCGCGGACAAGCUGAGGACACGAGGGGGAGAGAAAUUUGACAACAAGUUCUCCAACGAGGUAUUCUCGAACAAGUUUGACAGGGACGAGUUGGAUUAUUUGUUGAAGGGACUUUUCACGUACGACGUUGGUAAGAAUCUGUACGGGAGUUUUGUAAACGUGACCAACCUGAUGGUUCAUCCGGGGUACAGUGGAACGUUCAAGAACGAUUUGGCGAUUCUGGAGGUUUCCGACUCUAAGGUAUUCCAAGAAAUAUUUCCUCCUAUGAGACUCAACGAAGAUCUUGGAUUCAACCGUGUCGUACAAGUAUACGGCUGGGGAGACAUUGCUCGCGAAUCUUCCAGGAACAUGACCUACGCAUUAAAAAUCGUUGAGAUGUACCUUCUUCCACCAGCUCGAUGUGCUAGACAAGUUGGAAAUCUGUUUCUCCCUUCGCAGCACCUUUGCUUGAAGCCCAAAGGGACCGAAACUAUCUGUCUGGUAAAGGAUUCGCUGGAGCCCCAAUCGUCCUGGACGGUGCCCUGCUUGGCGUCAUCGAAUUUGGGAAUCCUCAAUGUCACCUUGACUCACCGGUCGUGGGCAUCCGUCUCAGACCCUUCGCUGACUUCUUGGGCCUGAACCAAGACGACCUUCUCUCGAAAAUCAUAUUACUCGUCAAGCAAGUAUUCAACUUCUUCGCCAGCAAACUUCAGUAGAAAGUGUCAACCCAUAACUAAUAAAGCAAAUCUUCACCUUCGUCUGCGGACACGAUUUGUCCCAAAACAUGGCCCUUCCGCUGAAUGAAAGAUUGAUUACGUCGUCCGGAUUCGGGAUUCCUCCUCCCCUUAAGAAACUUUCCGCAGCAAGGUCACGGAAUUGGAUUUCUGUCAGGAUCCGCAAGCAAACAAAUACACUCUGAUUGAGUUAUUUCAUCAAAACUUUAGCCAAGUCAACCCCUUUUGCCUGCCUUUGACCGCCGGGACGCGGUCCAACAAGCUUUUUUGUUUGCUCAAUUUUACGUUGCGUCCACUUUGAGGUUCGGAAAGGGCACGUAAGAGAGCGCUCGAUCAACGGGGAGACGGUGUGAUGCAGUUUUUUUUCUGGUUCGGUCAGGGUGGCUGCACUGUAUCGUCCUUUCCCUGCGCAGCACGUUGCCCUCGAUUUCACUCAAAUCAGUCACAUUCAAUUGAGAUCGAAUGACAUGGGUGCCGCGGUGGGUUUCAAAGUUUCA